CUUGAAGUGACCCCGAAACCAAGUCCCGUCAUGCGCCCACCUCCGCCCCCAUCCUCCGCCAAUACCACCGGCGGCGAGGAUACCGCCACCUCCUUCUCCGACAUCCACCACGACAUCCUCCGAUCCCACAUCCUCAUCCGGCUCGACGGCCCCGCCCUCGCCUCCGCCUCCUGCGUCUGCUCUCACCUCCGCGCGCUCUCGUCUGAUGAACGCCUCUGGGCCGACGUCUCCCGCUCCACUUGGCCGUCCAUCAAUGCGCCACGCGUCUGCCGCGUCAUCUCCUCCUUUCCCGGCGGCCACCGCUCCUUCUUCGCCGACGCGUACCCCCUCCUCGCCGAUGGCGGGGGCUCUCCUUCGACGGCGCAACCCCCUCCACCCGAUCUCCGUCGCCGCUCGUCGGAGCUGAUCUCAGCCGUCGACAUCCGCUACCGCGGGCAGCUCAUCUUCAGCAAGACCGCCGAGACCGAGACAGAGACCGGGUGGUUCCGGUGCUCCCCGUUCCUCAUCAACAUGCUGGAGCCAAAGGACGCGGUGCCGACGCCUGUCCCAUUCCCGAGCCCCGACGAGGCGUGCGGCGACCUUGGGGACAGCCUGAGGCUGAGCUGGGUCCUGAUCGACCCGGAGGGGCGGCGGGCGAUGGACCUCUCGAGCACCGCCCCAGUAUCCAUCCAACGCCACUGGCUCACUGGGGAGGUGCACGCGCGGUUCGCGACAGUACUGUCCUCCGGAGAGCGGGGUACAGCGGCGGAGCGGGUGGCCUGCACGAUCGCCGUCACGUGCGGGGGGUCGCGCAGGGGGACCAUGCAGGUGAGUGAGGUGAACGUGCAGGUGGAGGACAUGGAAGGGACGUACCUGAACGGCGGGAACAGUCUGGUAAUCCUGCGGAGGGCCAUGGAGGGCAAAAGGGGGAAGAAAACGAGGGGGGAGGAGGAGGAGGAGGAGGGGAGGAGGAGGUACGAGGAUUUCUUGGAGAGGCGGAGGGAGAGGAGGGAGAGGAGGGCGAGGGCGGAAUGGGCGUUGGACGCCGUGUGCGUGGGCUUCGGAUCGGCGGCGCUCGUGGUCUUCUGGUUGUUCAUUUUGUGCAGAUGAAUUCACGGGGAGGUGGAGUGGGGCCAAUGAGACCAUUACCUCAAAAAGGAGCUUUAAAUAUAUGCUCAUUGUACGAAGUGAAUUCUUCAAAUUGUUCAAGGGAAAAAAAAAAAAAAAUUACCCCUUCUUUUGUAUUUCCACUCUCUGCCAUUAGAUAGGAGUAAAAUGCUAGGGGAGCCCAAAAUUCUGUUGAAUUU